GUAUGAUAUAGAACAUCGCGGUACGACGGGAUUCACCUCAUCUUCAGCUUUCCAAGUGCCUCGUUAGCAGAUAUCUCCGUGAUAUGAUCACUGGUGUGUUUGGAAUAUGCCUCCAGACCAUAUCUUUAUUCUGAAACACCUAUUGAGAAUGAUUUCUCCUACAUUCUCCUCCGGCUGAUUGCAAGGAAUAUGCCAGCCAAAUCCGUCAAGUUGCACUCUGUACUUGACAAUUUGCCUGACUAAAGUGUUCUCUUCUUGCAGAUACACCCCAAAUGACGGAAAUUGCAGUGAAGCUCAGUAUAUCUGAGUCUUAAUCACUGUGUAACAUGAGAUUCCCUGGGGUAUAAGUAUGAAGCAGAUUGAUCGGUCUCUCCACAUUUUCUAUCAGCAGCUGCUUUGCCUUGUGUUCCUUCCGAAAGCCAAAUAACCAGUAUUCAUUCACCAAAGCAUACUCACUGCAAAACUACUUACGGUCCUCGAAGCAAUAAGCAAAAUGGAGUCAGCCUCACAGCCAAUUGAAUAUGUCGAGUGUAGGCACCCACUCUUCGAUGUUGACCAGCUCGAAGAGCCUGCCGACACAGACCAACUAUGCGGAAAACGCAUCAAGACGUUGACCGAUAUGCUGCUUAACGGGGGCAGGGGCGUAUACGAUAAGCUGCUGGAGUUCCAUGGCUGGGGUUAUAAGUAUAAUACUGAUUCUCAUCCUUCCCUUCAGCCAAGGCGGGUAAAAAUGGCAAUCCUGAUGAAAAUCCUCUGGAAUCAAGCUGAAUAUCACCAGCCCAAGUCAUUGGAAGAACUCUUCAACUGGGAAAGGGACGCCGGCCCUCGAUUGCUGAGACAGGGGUGUGUUCAAGGGUUGAACAAUUACCUACCCAUAAGUAGGACUUCAGGUGAUAUACCGGAGGAGUAUGUGAAGGUUAUGGAGAAACAACCAUAUAAAAUUGGUAAGCUCGACGAAGAGCUUCUUGAACUUGCGACACCACAAGGGGAUCAAACUGAAGAAGAACAAAGCGAACUCAUUGAAAGUAGUACUGACAAUUCGGAAGAUUCCGAACAUACAGAGUGGGUCCCUUCAACCAGUCCUGAGGACCAGGGAGACGAGGAUGAAAUGACCGACAUCGAAGAGGAGGAAACCUCUGACCGUGGUGAUGGGGAUCCUAUGGAAGAAUGUUCCUCGGGUGGCAGAACACCAACUCCUACGACAAAAGUCGAAAGCCCUGCUACGCAGCAUAGAGAAAGCUUCUCAGAGAGCCGGAGACCAAGUGAACAAAACACCGAAGGUGUCAGUGACCCUAACACCACAACUUCUACAUCCCAGCAGUUCCGGAGAGCAGAACCAGUACCUACCCAGCAUGCCCAGUUAGUUACUGAGGCAGUGCAACGUGCUGUCAUGAAAUUCACUUAUCACGAGCUUGAACGCCAUCAGACUGCUGCCCCAUUGGACAUGCCACGACCAUGGCUGACGGCCAACUUAAAUACGAUGAACAAUGUCCAGUACAGCUUACACCCAGUGACAGCUGAGGUAGAGCUGCUCACGGCAGACAAUCCGCGACGCCCCCGGACUACCAGGUCUUAUAGAGGCCGAGGCCCUGUUAGCAAGAAAUACAGCGAAAGUGCGAUUGGCUGUGCUAUCGUCGCAGGCCGACUGCUAGAUGCCGGGUCCACCAACAUCGACCGCAAGCAGCCGGGCUGGCAGAAUCGCUUCACACCUCUUGAGCAAACCUUCAUUGAAGCGACCGAUGGUCAAUGGGAUUUCCUCGAUAGAGAAGAAAGUAUUGGGCUAGUCGAAUGCUAUGCUAACGUGCUCCCUCAACUGGGCAUGGGGCCUACUUGGGAUAUGCGAAGCGUCUGGCGCAAAUUUACGGGCAACUUUGACCAGUUCGCGUGCUCCUACAAUGAAGAGACUACUGCGCACUGUGAGUGCGGGCCAUCCAGGGAUAGCAGAACCACUGUGGAUGGCACCCGCUUGACCACUCUGGCACCGCCUGUGCUCGAGACUGAUCGGAACGGCGUGAGUAUGGAGGAGGUACUGUCUCGGGUAUUUGACCCUCAGCGCCAGAGAACCUGCAUCAAAUGUAACCACUCGGUUAACUAUGAGAGACGAUUCAAAACCGUCCCCAUGCGCCUGGUAGUGGAACUCGGUCCUAAUGUGUCUAUACGGUCGCAUACAAAGGACAUUACCCUAUCAUAUCGUGAUGAUGGUGGUGAGGGGCAUAAAGCCACAUACCGCUGGAUAGGAGGGAUAUACUCAUCAGCACCAGGUUUUUUGUGUCUCUUGUGGACUGGUGCCGAACGUGGGGUGCGCUGCACGAACCUGUAUUCGUAUGAAAGCGAUUUGCACGACGGAGCCAUACUUGGAUUUCCCAUGUCAGAAAACCACGCGGACCAAGUGCCCGAGCAUUUUUGGAGGAACCAGCAGAUCCCCUUGCUCUUCUACGAGCGGGUUAUGAACCCGAGUAUUGGCGAGCUCCAAGUAGCUGUGAGUGCAGUUAGCGGCAUGCUAGAGUCUGCCUACCAGGGUGAGCUUUUCCUCCAGCAAAGUCCUGGUUGGGCCCCGCCCGAACUACCACCUCGGCAGCAGAACCAAUAUCCUUGGGAUCGUUACAUGCCUGAAUGUAUCAGACGCUUUAAAUGUGCCAAUUCGGAUCUUCGAGUCAUGUUAGUCCGAGGUACGCAACCCCAGGCGCAACCCCAGGUACAACCCCAGGUACAAAUUCAGGCGCAACCCCAGGUGCAAGCCCAGGUGCAACGCCAAGAGCAGGCUGCACCUAACUGGCCUAGAAGAGCGCGAGCACAGCCUUACGCUCCAGCUCAUCCAUACGCGGUUAUGUCCAUGUCCCCCACACCGAUAAUGUCAGCAGAUACGCCAUCCCCUGGGACCAUGAUGUCAGCUUCAUCGUAUGUAGGUGGUGCAAUGCCACCACCACCUCCUAGGACCAGGCCGAUGUAUAUCACUAGGCCAGGAUAUGUGCCUCCUGCCAGUCCUGUUCGGCAACACCCCCCUCUCCAUCAUCCAGCUCUCCAUGGGUCUUUGGCUUCCUCUCCUGUAGCCUUUCCUCAACAGAGAGUCGCUUACAGUCCGGGGAUUCCGACCACCGCUCCACCCCCUUAUGAAGUCGUACAGGCGAUGACCAACCAAAUGCAGCUGACAAACCCGAAUGGUAACGCCUCUGGUGGCUAUGGGCCUACCAUGAUGGGUCAAUCCUCCUCGCCGCGACCACAACCACAGCUACCACAACCACAGCUACCACCAACCCAUCCAGAGAAUUGGGUGAGUAGGCCCGGCCACCAUGGACCUCGCCAGUGAGGUCUUCACCUGUAGCCCCGCCAGACGCACCACGGCCAUGAAGACAUGCUAGCCAACCAAAAUUGAAGAGCGAUGGAAUAAGACUCUCCCCCUAGCUUGAGUUCGGGUUUCAGAUAUGAUAGAUAGAAUACAACAUAGACAAGACAACUUU